AUGGCUUUCUUCUUCUUCCUCUUCCUCUUGACUCUUCUCUCACCUUCUUCUUCUUCCUCUUUACAUGACUUAAACCCAUUGACUUACAUCGUCCACGUAGACCACGAAGCCAAACCCUCAAUCUUCCCCACUCACCGUCACUGGUACACAUCCUCUCUUUCCUCACUCACAUCCACUCCUCCUUCCAUCAUCCACACAUACGACACCGUUUUCCACGGCUUCUCCGCUAGGCUCACCGCUCAAGACGCUCGUCAGCUCUUGGAACACCCUCAUGUCAUCUCUAUUAUCCCCGAGCAAGUCCGUCACUUGCACACCACCCGCUCCCCGGAGUUUCUCGGCCUCAGGUCCACCGACAAAGCGGGUCUCCUCGAGGAGUCCGAUUUCGGGUCGGAUCUUGUUAUCGGAGUCAUCGACACCGGUAUUUGGCCCGAAAGGCCUAGCUUCGACGACCGUGGUCUUGGUCCUGUUCCCACUAAAUGGAAAGGCCAAUGUGUAGCUUCAGAAGAUUUUCCGGCGUCGGCUUGUAACCGGAAACUCGUCGGAGCGAGAUUCUUCUGCGGCGGGUAUGAAGCAACCAACGGAAAGAUGAACGAAACGACGGAGUUUCGCUCCCCGCGUGACUCCGACGGACAUGGGACACACACCGCCUCGAUCUCCGCCGGCCGAUACGUUUUUCCGGCCUCCACGCUCGGCUACGCUCGCGGCGUCGCUUCCGGGAUGGCUCCGAAGGCUAGACUCGCCGCCUACAAAGUCUGUUGGAACUCCGGCUGCUACGACUCCGAUAUCUUAGCCGCUUUCGACACAGCAGUUGCCGACGGAGUCGACGUCGUCUCACUCUCCGUCGGAGGCGUCGUGGUUCCUUAUUACCUCGACGCCAUCGCCAUUGGAGCUUUCGGAGCAAUCGACAGGGGGAUAUUCGUCUCCGCCUCCGCCGGUAACGGAGGUCCCGGUGCUUUAACGGUGACGAACGUUGCUCCGUGGAUGACAACAGUCGGAGCCGGAACAAUCGACCGCGAUUUCCCCGCCAAUGUGAAGCUCGGCAACGGAAAAACGAUUCCCGGUGUAAGCGUUUACGGUGGACCGGAUCUGGAUCCGAAUCGGAUGUAUCCGCUUGUAUACGGCGGUAGCUUGCUCGGCGGCGACGGUUACUCUUCCUCUCUGUGUAUCGAAGGCUCGUUGGAUCCGAAUCUGGUGAAGGGCAAAAUCGUUCUCUGCGACAGAGGAAUCAAUUCCAGGGCAACAAAAGGGGAAAUCGUAAGGAAAAACGGGGGCUUGGGGAUGAUAAUAGCCAACGGUGUCUUCGACGGCGAGGGUUUAGUCGCCGAUUGCCACGUGUUACCCGCGACGUCGGUUGGAGCCUCCGGAGGAGACGAAAUCAGGAGGUAUAUCUCCGAGACAUCCAAAUCGCAUUCGUCCAAACAACCAACGGCCACGAUCGUUUUCAAAGGGACCCGAAUCGGGAUCCGACCCGCACCCGUCGUUGCAUCAUUCUCCGCUCGUGGGCCUAAUCCAGAGACACCGGAUAUUCUUAAACCGGAUGUAAUCGCACCCGGUUUAAACAUUCUCGCCGCUUGGCCUGACCGGAUCGGUCCGUCAGGUGUUGCUUCCGAUACCCGGAGAACGGAGUUCAACAUUUUGUCAGGCACUUCGAUGGCUUGCCCGCACGUGUCGGGUCUUGCCGCUCUGCUCAAGGCGGCUCAUCCGGAGUGGAGCCCGGCGGCGAUAAGAUCCGCAUUGAUGACGACGGCUUACACGGUCGAUAACCGUGACGAGACAAUGCUGGAUGAGUCCACGGGUAAUACAUCGUCGGUUAUGGAUUACGGGUCGGGUCAUGUUCACCCGACCAGAGCUAUGGAUCCGGGAUUGGUCUACGAUAUCACAUCUUACGAUUACAUCAAUUUCUUGUGUAAUUCGAAUUACACGGGGACCAACAUUGUGACGAUAACUCGCCGGAAAGCGGACUGCGACGGAGCGAGACGCGCUGGACACGUCGGGAAUUUGAAUUACCCGUCAUUCUCCGUCGUGUUUCAGCAGUACGGUGAGAGUAAAAUGUCGACGCAUUUCCUCAGAACCGUGACGAAUGUCGGCGAGCCGGAUUCGGUGUAUGAUAUUAAGAUUACGCCGCCGAGAGGGACGACGGUGACGGUGAAGCCGGAGAAGCUGUCGUUUAGACGGGUCGGACAGAAACUGAAUUUUAUGGUUAGGGUUAAGACGACGGAGGUGAAACUGUCACCGGGAGCGACGAGUGUAGAGACUGGUUAUGUAGUUUGGUCAGACGGGAAACGAAAUGUGACAAGUCCCUUGGUGGUUACUCUUCAACAACCUCUUUGA